UUUCUCAAGGGACCACAUUAAAACAAAAUGGCUCUUCCCGAUAACUCAAGCUGUGACAUCUCGCCGUUUCCAGACAUCAUAGAAUUAAACGUCGGUGGACAAGUCUACAUAACCCGUCAUCCAACUUUGGUGAGCGUCCCCGGUUCCCUCCUGUGGGAGAUGUUCGGCCAAAAAAAUGUUCGCCUUCUGGCCAGAGAUAGCAAAGGCCGCUAUUUUUUAGAUCGUGACGGAUUUCUCUUCCGCUACGUCUUGGACUAUUUGAGGGACCAACAGCUAGUGCUUCCAGAACAUUUUCCCGAAAGAAGUAGAUUGCAGAGGGAGGCUGAGUAUUUCAAGCUCCCAGACUUAGUCAAAAUCUUGGCCCCCAAAUUCAGCAAGCAAAACUCUACUGGAGACGACGCUUUCCCGAGUGACUCAGAAGAUCAGUCCCCCAAUAUUGAGGUCGGCCGCAAAACGUCUUUUGAUGCAAUGGGGAACCAAUCAAUCUCAGACCUUCAUCGGUCCGGGUUCAUAACUUUAGGCUACCGUGGCUCCUACACCCUUGGAAGAGACAGUCAAACAGAUGCCAAAUUCAGAAGGGUAGCAAGGAUAAUGGUCUGUGGCAAGACGUCGCUAGCUAAGGAAGUCUUUGGAGAUACCCUGAACGAGAGCCGGGAUCCAGAUCGACCCCCCGAAAGAUACACCUCUAGGUACUACCUGAAAUUCACUUUUCUGGAACAGGCGUUUGAUAGGUUGGCUGAUGCCGGAUUUCAUAUGGUGGCGUGUAACUCUACUGGAACAUGCUCCUUCACUCACGAUCUGACAGAUGACAAGAUCUGGACCUCUUACACUGAAUACGUUUUCUACCGUGAGUGAUGAAAACCAAAUAGUCAAAGAA